UAAACUGAGGGGCUCUUAAAAGUGGUUCUUGGAACUGGCAGGAGGUGAGGUGGGGCAUGCAGGAGGAGAGCUCUGUAGGUGAGGAAGGUGCUGGAAUCACACAGGAAACUCCUCAUUCUUCCCAGGCCUGUGGCACACCCACUGCACACACCCCUCCCUAAGUUAAAUCAGCCCACACCCUCCUGGGAGGAGAGCCAGGCCCAACCUUGCCUCUGAGGAGUGGACACUGUCCUUCUGGGUGCCAGAGCCUGGUGAAGCAAAGCUGAGACUUAGAGCCUGGUCAGGUCAAUGACUUGGACAUGACUGCAGUACUGGAUUCUCAUCACGUCUCUGAAGACUACAAAGUGGCCCAUCCUCAAGACCCUCACCACCCAUCAGAGAAGCCUGUCAUUCACUGCCAUAAAUGUGGGGAGCCAUGCAAAGGCGAAGUGCUUCGGGUCCAGACCAAACAUUUCCACAUCAAAUGUUUCACCUGCAAAGUGUGUGGCUGCGACCUGGCCCAAGGUGGCUUCUUCAUAAAGAACGGGGAGUAUCUCUGCACCCUGGACUAUCAGCGGAUGUACGGGACACGCUGCCAUGGCUGUGGGGAGUUUGUGGAGGGCGAGGUGGUAACUGCCCUGGGCAAGACCUACCAUCCCAACUGCUUUGCUUGUACAAUCUGCAAGCGCCCGUUUCCACCCGGAGACCGAGUCACCUUCAACGGGAGAGACUGUCUUUGUCAGCUCUGUGCACAGCCGAUGUCUUCCAGUCCUAAAGAAGACUCCUGCUCCAGCAACUGUGCUGGCUGUGGAAGAGACAUUAAGAAUGGACAGGCACUGCUGGCACUAGACAAGCAGUGGCACUUGGGCUGCUUCAAGUGCAAGUCCUGCGGGAAGGUCCUCACUGGCGAGUACAUCAGCAAGGAUGGUGCCCCGUACUGUGAAAAGGACUACCAGGGACUCUUUGGGGUGAAGUGUGAAGCUUGUCACCAGUUUAUCACAGGAAAAGUCCUGGAGGCAGGUGACAAACAUUAUCACCCCAGCUGUGCACGAUGCAGCAGAUGCAACCAGAUGUUCACAGAAGGAGAGGAAAUGUAUCUUCAAGGUUCUACCGUGUGGCAUCCCGAUUGUAAGCAAUCCACCAAGACAGAGGAAAAGCUACGGCCCACCAGGACAUCCUCUGAAAGUAUUUAUUCUAGAGCAGGCUCCAGCAUCCCUGGCUCACCAGGUCACACCAUCUAUGCAAAAGUGGACAAUGAAAUCCUGGAUUACAAGGAUUUAGCAGCCAUUCCCAAGGUCAAGGCAAUUUAUGAUAUUGAGCGUCCAGAUCUCAUUACCUAUGAGCCCUUCUAUUCUUCAGGCUAUGAGGACAAACAGGAGAGACAGAGCCUUGGAGAGUCUCCGAGGACUUUGUCUCCUACUCCUUCUGCAGAGGGCUACCAGGAUGUCCGGGAUCGGAUGAUCCACCGAUCUACAAGCCAGGGCUCCAUCAACUCCCCAGUGUACAGCCGCCACAGUUACACUCCAACCACAUCACGAUCUCCCCAGCAUUUCCACCGACCUGAGCUCUUGUCUCCUGGUGUGCACAGGUGGUCCCCCCUGCGCACCAGCAGCUUCAGCUCCACCCACAGCGACUCCCGCCCCAACCCCCCCUUCCGACACCACUUCCUCCCCCAUGUCAAAGGCAAUGAGCCGUCCAGCGGCCGGAACUCCCCUCUCCCUUACCGGCCCGACAGCCGCCCUCUAACUCCAACUUAUGCUCAAGCCCCUAAACAUUUCCAUGUUCCAGAUCAAGGGAUCAACAUUUACCGAAAACCACCCAUCUACAAACAGCAUGAUGCAGCUGCCUUUGCAGCCCAGAGCAAGUCUUCAGAAGAUAUCAUCAAGUUUUCCAAGUUCCCAGCAGCCCAGGCGCCAGACCCCAACGAGAUACCAAAGAUUGAGACGGACCACUGGCCUGGUCCCCCCUCACUUGCUGCCAUAGGAACUGACAUGAGACGCAGAUCUAGUGGCAGAGAGGAAGAUGAGGAAGAACUUCUGAGACGCCGGCAGCUUCAAGAAGAGCAACUGAUGAAGCUUAACUCAGGCCUGGGGCAGUUGAUACUGAAGGAAGAGAUGGAGAAGGAGAGCAGAGAAAGAGCAUCCCUUCUGGCCAGUCGUUACGACUCUCCCAUUCACUCAGCUUCCCACGCUCCCUCAUCCAAAACCUCAUCUCUCCCUGGCUAUGGAAAAAACGGGCUUCACCGGCCUGUUUCCACGGAUUUCGCUCAGUACAACAGCUACGGGGAUGUCAGCGGUGGAGUGCGAGACUACCAGACUCUCCCAGAUGGCCACAUGCCAGCAAUGAGAAUGGACCGAGGCGUGUCCAUGCCCAACAUGUUGGAACCAAAGAUAUUCCCUUAUGAAAUGCUCAUGGUAACCAACAGAGGGCGCAACAAAAUCUUAAGAGAUGUGGACAGAACCCGGCUGGAGCGUCACUUAGCUCCAGAAGUGUUUUGGGAAAUCUUUGGAAUGUCCAUCCAGGAAUUUGACAAGUUACCUCUUUGGAGACGCAACGACCUGAAGAAAAAAGCCAAACUCUUCUAAGUCCCUCACAGAAAUGGCGAUUGGAGAAAAGAUCGGCAAUGGUGGCGAUGCCUGGAACAUUGCCUUAAGGCCCACACUUGAUUGGAGAACUUUUUCAACACCAUCUCUCAGCAGCAACACCAAGGAAAAGUCUGCUCACAGCAUCCAUGAGCCAAAUAUUGGGCCAGCCAACUGUAACACUUGCCAAGCAGCAAUGGGGUAGAAAUUUCCUGUGUUCCCAAACUCAGCAGUAAUGUCCACAUGUGAUCUCUCUAUGUGACCUAGUGUCCACAACAGGAGCUUCUCUUUUUUCCUCUUGUUUUCCUUUAACCAUUGUCCAACCUAGUGCUGCCUGUACUGGUAAGUCAGCAAGUGCCCUUAGGAAGCUCCUGGGAAGAAACAGUUGUGCAAAUCCCUUGGGAUGAAUUUAUUUAUUAUGUAGCACUGUGGCUAAGGAGGCAGAGUCUGGGGGCAUGUCCCUAUAGUAGCAACUGUGCACGCCUGUUCUUUCCAGACUUGUCCGCCUCUGCCUGGACUCGGUCAGGAACAGCAAUCAGGCAGGGAACUAGGUAUUUCUGAGUGUGUGGCUUUGAAUCAGCAAGAAUGAUUUCGAAUAAGCUCUUUGCUCUGUCCUGUGUGCUGAGACCUGGUUGGCCAACUGCUAGAAUUCUUUUUACAGGAAAGGGAAAAGAAAAGAAAUGAAGGAAGCCCUUCCUGAACUCUUUUUCUGCUUCUGUGACAGUAUACCCAAUCCUUCUUUCCCUGUAAAUUGACAGGAGCUGGCGUGGGCUUCACCUCCACUAGGAAAGGGGGAACAAAUCCUGUCUCCAGAUCUGCGCAGUUGCAUGCUGUUAGGUGAUUUUUGCCUGUGGGUCAUGUCUCUCUUAGAAAAGAAGAAAAAUCCACACCCUGCCACCAUCACAUGCCCUUCCGCCCAGCGUCCCCGGCUGUUUGUCUGGUUUCCUGGGGAUCAGGUCAAACCCAUGCUGGUUUUGUAUUUUAAAUUCAUGUCAGUCACAGGCUGAGGAAAGGCAUUUUUUCCUCCUUUAAAUCUCUGCAACUCCAAAGUAGAUUGUCUGAAACAGAUUUAAUUUGGCUUCAGCUUUCCUUUUUGCCUAACGCUAUUGAUGUGCACACAUGUGUGCACAGGCCUGUGUGUAACUCACCCAGGGCAGUGAGUCUGCAUGUGCUUUUCAAUUUCUGCUUGAAUGUUUGUCACACUGUGCUGUGGCUUCUAAGGGAUAUUUGCAAAAAGCAUAUGAUCCAAAGAUCAAAUGUGAGACUAAGUGUGUUCCCAGCAUUGACUCCUUCAGGGGUAUUGCUAAGAAACCAUCAUAUCCCAUAAGCUGGGGCAGCUGGGAUCAGAUAGAAGAUUGCAGAAGUGGUAUCAGCUGGUUUAGGGCUCAGGGCAUCUCACCAGAGCCCUUACAUACUCUGAAACUCUCAAAUUGGGGCCUAGGUCUUUCAUUAAAAUGAAUAAGGCCACAUGGUGAGGAUUGAUGUGAGUUGGAUGAGGGAGAAUCUCUCCAGCUCCACACAGAAGAGAUGGAAGGCACAUUCAUCCUCCUGUGGUGGGGUUCUUCUUGGGAAUUUAAGAUCCAAGUUGAAACCAAAGGGGAAAACAUUAGGAUUCAGCCACACACAGCACUUGGCACAGAAGUGAAGAGAUUCUUCCUGAGUAUCAGUGCAGCCAGCUGUCCACCUGACACCAGCCAUAAAAAGUAAGCAGCAUAGAUUCUGAGCCCAUGCUGCAGACCUGUGGCUUGUGUCCUGCCACUGUCUGUUGGGUGCUGUGAUGGAUGCUAGAGUUGCUUUAUCGUGUUCUGUUCUGCUGUGGCACAGGAAUUUAAGUUUGAGAACUACUCUCACAAACCCAUGUGUAUUUGAGCACCUACUAACACACUUAGCAAGAGGGCUGUACUAGGUGGCCUGAGUUGAUGGGUCCAGCUCCUCUUGGUUGGAAAGCAGACUACAGCAAGCAGAUUUUCCCCUUCGGGUCUCCAUUGCCUCUUGCUUUCUUUCAUUGCCCGGCCCUCACUGCCCUGUCCAGCACUGGCAGCCUCAGCCCAAGGUCUAUAUCAACUGGUUCUUGCUUUGCCCCGGCAGUGUAGAGGGUGGGGGAUAUGGUCCAUUCACAGUGCUUCCCUAUCACAGUCAGAAGCAGUGGUGGCCAAGUGGGUGUGAACACUCAACUGAGAGAGGAUUGUUUUCCAAUAUGGAGAUAACAAAUGACUAUCAUGCUUUUCAUUGAUUUAUAAGUUAUUACCAUAGACAUGCAGAUCAAAUGCUAGAGUGAGAGAAAUCAAGGCAUUCAGGAGACAAGGGUGUAUUCAGGGGGUUUGCUAAGAUUCUACUCUUGUUCUUCUUAAAGAGAAUGUGGCUCUGCCUUGACAUAGGAAAAUUCAACUGGAAAAACAAAAACAGACAGUCCUCCUCUUUAUGUUACAGAGACCCCUGAGUGAGUUAAGGGUCUGCCUAAGAUUGCUAUGAUAAUUAGACUCUAAGUUCUCCCAAUAGCAAAACUCUGCUUCCUUAUCUAUUUUGAACUCAGUUUCUCAUCCAACUUGAGAAAUUAAAAAAAAAAAAUCUUUUUGUGACAGGGGCUCCCUUUAGGCCCGGCAGACCUGGAAUUCACUAUGUAGAACAGACUGGCCUUGAU